GAGGAGGCGGCGGCGGCGGCGGCGGUGGCGCUGGGAGCUCCUGUCACCGCUGGGGCCGGGCCGGCCGGGCCGGAGUGCAGGGGACGUGAGGGCGCGAGGGCCGGGACAUGGGGCCCACCAGCCCUGACGCUCGCGGUCUGGGCCGCCACCGGGGCCCACCGCCGCUGCCGCUGUUGCUGCCACUAUUGCUGCUGCUUCUGCGCGCGCAGCUCGCCGUCGGGAGCCUGGCCGGUGGGAGCCCCGGCGCGGCCGAGGCCCCAGGGUCGGCCCAGGUGGCUGGACUAUGCGGGCACCUAACCCUUCACCGGGACCUGCGCACCGGCCGCUGGGAACCAGACCAACAGCGCUCACGACGCUGUCUCCGCGACCCGCAACGUGUGCUGGAAUACUGCAGACAGAUGUACCCGGAGCUGCAGAUUGCACGUGUGGAACAGGCGACGCAGGCCAUCCCCAUGGAGCGCUGGUGCGGGGGUGCUCGAGGCGGCCGCUGUGCCCACCCCCACCACCAGGUUGUGCCUUUCCGAUGCCUGCCAGGUGAAUUUGUGAGCGAGGCCCUGCUGGUACCUGAAGGCUGCCGGUUCUUGCAUCAGGAGCGCAUGGACCAGUGUGAGAGUUCAACCCGGAGGCAUCAGGAGGCACAGGAGGCCUGCAGUUCCCAGGGCUUCAUCCUGCAUGGCUCGGGCAUGCUUUUGCCCUGUGGCACAGAUCGGUUCCGAGGUGUGGAGUAUGUGUGCUGCCCGCCUCCAGUCACCCCUGAUCCAUCUGGGACAGCAGUUGGUGACCCCUCCACCCGGUCCUGGCCCCUAGGGGGCAGAGUAGAGGGGAGUGAGGACGAAGAAGAAGAGGAAUCCUUCCUACAGCCAGUAGAUGAUUACUUUGUGGAACCCCCACGAGCUGAAGAGGAAGAAGAGGAGGAAAGAGUCCCGCCCUCAAGCUCCCAUAGCCCUGCAGGGCUCAGCAAAGUGACCACCACCCCAAGACCCACAGAUGGCGUGGACGUGUACUUCGGCAUGCCUGGAGAAAUCAGCGAGCAUGAGGGGUUCCUGCGGGCCAAGAUGGACCUGGAGGAACGUAGAAUGCGCCAGAUUAAUGAGGUGAUGCGUGAAUGGGCCAUGGCAGACAACCAGUCCAAGAACCUGCCGAAAGCUGACAGACAGGCCCUGAACGAGCACUUCCAGUCCAUUCUGCAGACCCUGGAGGAGCAGGUGUCUGGUGAGCGACAGCGCCUGGUGGAGACCCAUGCCACCCGAGUCAUCGCCCUUAUCAACGACCAGCGCCGGGCAGCCUUGGAAGGUUUUCUGGCAGCACUGCAGGGGGAUCCGCCUCAGGCAGAGCGCGUCCUGCUGGCCCUGCGGCGUUACCUGCGCGCAGAGCAGAAGGAACAGAGGCACACACUGAGGCACUACCAGCACGUGGCUGCCGUGGACCCUGAGAAGGCCCAGCAGAUGCGCUUCCAGGUGCAGACCCACCUUCAAGUAAUUGAGGAAAGGAUGAACCAGAGCCUGGGGUUGCUUGACCAGAACCCCCACCUGGCUCAGGAGCUGCGGCCCCAGAUCCAGGAGCUUCUCCACUCUGAGCACCUGGGUCCCAAUGAAUUGGAGGCCCCCGCCCCAGGGGGCAGCAGUGAGGACAAGGGUGGCCUGCAGCCUCUGGAUUCCAAGGAUGCAGACACUCCCAUGGCCCUUCCGAAAGGGUCCACAGAACAAGAUGCUGCAUCCUCUGGGAAAGAGAAGAUGUCCCCCCUGGAGCAGUAUGAGCGAAAGGUGAAUGUGUCUGUUCCAAGGGGUUUUCCUUUCCACUCAUCGGAGAUUCAGAGAGAUGAGCUGGCACCAGCUGGGACAGGUGUGUCCCGAGAGGCCGUGUCUGGUCUGCUGAUCAUGGGAGCAGGUGGGGGCUCCCUGAUGGUCCUCUCCCUCCUGCUCUUGCGCAGGAAGAAGCCCUACGGGGCUAUCAGCCACGGAGUGGUGGAGCUCCCUAUGCCCCUCUGUUUCUCCCCGCCCCAACUGCAGGUGGACCCUAUGCUGACCCUGGAGGAGCAGCAGCUGCGUGAACUGCAGCGUCAUGGCUAUGAGAACCCCACCUACCGCUUCCUGGAGGAACGACCCUGAACCAGCCCCCCUCGCCCCUUUGGCUGAGCCCAGACCUUCCCUCUUCCUGAAGCCCCAGAACCCCAACUCCCAGCCUGGGGGAGGGAUCUCAAAAUUGUUCAUUUCACACUCCUUGUGAGGGGACUGGAAAUUCUCAUUCCCCUUUCCCAUUCCAAAUUCCAUCCCCAAGAAAUCCCCAGGUAUUCUCAGCUGCCUCCCUGCUUGGGACCUCCUCACCUUAAUUUAUUUUGUAAGUUUAUUUAUUGUUCCUUAAGGUGACCAUCAGCUUGGUCCUGUGUCUGUUGUUCCCUAGAAUUCACUCUCCCAUGUGCUCCCCACUAACAUCCCAAUAAAAUCCUUCUCCCCACCAGGC